AUGAGUGACAUCCUCGUGUAUUAUGUCAACUUAAACUCACUGAAAAAUACACAAGCACAAUACAGAGCAAUAAGUAAACUAUGCAGUCAAUGUGACGCCCUCUGUUUAGUAGAGACGUGGGGCUAUACAGACCGCCUCAAUGAAGUUUGCAAUGAAAGUAAUACCAACCUUAUCUAUGCUUUACCCCCAUCUAGUAGUAUACACCGUGGUGGUAGAAACAACGGUGUAGCCUUAAUAAGUAGACAUAGCUCCAAUGAUUUCAAACUACAUGCACAAAGCCAAUACUUUGUAGCAUUCACCUUUCGCAUGGUCACCAUAGCAUGUGUCUAUUUAGCACCACAUCUAGGAGAUGACGUAUACAAAUUCUUAAUGGCACUCAACUGCAAACCUUAUGUACUAGUUGGAGACAUGAAUUUCCGCGAUACAGAAUAUAAUGACUUCCUCAUUAAAUAUCCCGACCGUAGACAAUCUAUCGAAUACUAUGCUCAGCUACACCAAAUGGAUCAUAUAACACCAAACAAAUCAGCGAACAUACGAGUCGAUCACGUCUACGAUCAAUCACGUACGAGAACACAGCUCACACUCAUCAAAGCCGCAGACAUUUCACUCAAAACAGAUCUCGAAUGGGUGUUUUCACUCAACAUUAAACCACCAGACAUACAAUACCCCAGUACUAUGCCCAAAUCUAUGGAAUGUAUGCCAGCACACGGGUACAAUAGAUACCGAAUUCGAACUUAUAAUUGCAAUAACCCGCGCUACGCAAAUACCUUUCGAGCAAGAAUACGAGCUAUCUCUAAGUUAUGGCUACGACUUAUCCAGAAUGCAAAUCAGGACAAAAUCACAUCAGUAUAUGAUACAAUCGUUAACAAGCUAUGGAAAGUAGCACAGGGUGCAUUUUACGGUUACUAUCUGGAAAACAACCCCCACAGAUCCCACACACCAUUACGCGCUACCGAGCGUGUCCAUAAUGCCACCAUUGUGAAAUUAUUCACUAAACAAAAGAAAUAA